GCCUAAUUAAUUGCAAGUAACAUAUGGUUGAGGCUACAAUAACAACAACAACAACAGCGACUGCAAAGUAAGUUAUUCGCCAACGUUGAGUAUUAAAAAAAAAGUGCGCACCAAUACCAAUACACCAAGAUACAUAUAGUACAAGCAAACAGAAGAAUAAAGAAGCAACAGCAGCAGAAGAAGAAGCAGCAACAGCAGGCAAUAAGUUAAGCGAGGCUAAAGCAACGAAAUAAAAAACCAGUUUUGACAACGCUGCAAGCAGCGCAGUCGCAGCGGCUAUUGAGCUCUCUUGCUCUAAGAGCAAUGCAAUUUGGUAUAACAACAAUCACUGCAGGCUCAAGUUAAUUGGCGCGCGUGACAAAGAGCAAUUGUUGUGAGCAGAGACAGACAGCAAAACUUCAUAUCAGCGCUCUGUUAUUAAUUGCAGGCUUUUCAACGUGCAACAACGGCGAGAUGUUGCUGAGGACCAAGGAAUCGCAGCUGCAGCCACAGAUGCUGCUGCUGGCAACGCUGGCCAUUAGCGCUGCUCUGUCGCUAGGCAACGCCGAAAGUUCGUCAAGCUGCGGCCCCAACUUUCCGGCAAGCUGCAGCUGCGGCAACGAGCUCUACGAGGGCAUUGUCCAAUUCAUUGUGAACUGCACCAAUGCCGGACUGCGCAACACCAGCGUGCUAGAGUUUAUGCCCGAGCAGGUGGAGAUACUCAUAUUUACGGGCAACUACAUCACGGAGCUGCCCUGGAAUGUGUUCGGCAUUAUAAACGACUACAAGCAGCUCAAGAUUGUGGACAUGAGCAGGAAUCACAUACGCGAGAUACGCGGCAAGGCUUAUCACCAUGUGCCGCGCGUGGAGCGUCUCAUUUUGAAUCACAACAACUUGAGCAUCUCACGCUUCGACGACGAGGUCAACCAUCAUCAUCCGCGCGUCUUCUCGAACUUUGUGAAUCUGCAGAGUCUGCAUUUGACCGAUGCCUUUGAGGACAACAGCUCGCCGCAGCUGAGCGAGGAUUUGCACGAUAUUUUUGUCAACAGUCAGCUAUUGAAGCUGCAGAAGCUGCAUCUGGAGCAGAACGAAAUCACGCACUUCAAGGACCGCAACGUAUUCUGCGAUCUGCCCUCGUUGCGCGAUCUGCAGCUGGGCGACAAUCUGCUCAAGGACAUCAACUUUGAGGUGCGCUGUCUGAACAAUCUGCGCUUCCUCGAUCUGCGUCGCAACAAGUUUGAGUUUGUCAAGCCCAGCGAUAUGCGCCUGCUGAAUGAGCUGCAGGAGCGCAAGAAUCGCACCACCGACUUGAUGGUGGACUUCUUUCUGAAUCCCUUUGUCUGCGACUGCAAGCUGGCGCCGUUUCGCACGUGGCUGCAGGCCACACGUGUCAAUGUGCGCGACCAGGACAAUCUAACCUGCUUCCAUGGACUACAGCGCGCGGAUCCACCGCCAGCGCACAUAGUCAAGCUGGACAUGAAUGAGUGUGCAGCGGCCAUGGCAGCGGCUGCCUCCUUCUUGAACAUUGCCGAGGAUGAGCAGCCAUAUGGACAACUGCCGCCGCAUAUAAGUGGACACACGGCUACGUUGAUAUUUCUGCUGAUUGUGCUCAGCAUGAUACUGUUGGGACUGCUGGUGGCACUCGUCUAUGUCAGUCGCGACAAGUUGAAGUUCAUGAUGACGCCCGUGUUCGAUAAUGUGGCCAAGAAAGUGCAAUACACGUCAAUUAAGGAUGAGGACUGCCCAGAGGUUCAUGUCUAAGCACACAAGUCCGCAUUUUUUUUUACGACCACGCCCACAACAACAAAGCAUACAGUUCUAUCUAUAAUUACCAUAAGUUGUUUUAAUAUUAGUUUUUAUCGCCAUUCGCGUAGCGCAAAUUUGAUUGUGUGCCAUUUCGCAGAAACGUUUUGUUUUUCAAAUCUAUUCACAACCUUAAGCACACAUAGAAACAAACAAACAUAUAUAUUGUAGUGCAUAAGUAAAAUGUUGCAUUUAAGAUUAAGUAACAAACCAAUACACAUACAUAAUUGUGGCAAAUAAUUGCUUAUAGACAACACUUACAGCGAUUAUCUAUGUAGAUCUUAAGUCGGCCUCUAUACACGUGUAUGCGCCUCUAUAUAACAUAUACAUAUAUUUUGAAAGACAAACAACCCAGUAUAUGAAUCCAUAUAUAUCAAGCAAACAAUAUAGACACACACACACACACAUACUUACAUAAAUUGUAACAAACACUUUAGUGUUAUCUGUGAUUUAAGUUUAGUAGCUUUACGUUGUUAAAACUCUCUGCAUAAAACACAAGUAAAAGGAUUAUAUCAAUGCAAAUGAAAAAGAUUUCAACAAGUAUGACGUACUUACAUUUAAAAUUAUUGACACUUGUGUUAACAUACAUACAUAUGUACUUAUAAAUGUUAUACUAAAUUAUUUGUCAAUUGUACUCAACUGUACUACUAAUUAUAUGACUUUAAUUCAAUUUCAUGUAACACUAGUUUACAGCCAUUUGACCUCGGAGCUAUUUAUAUACAAAAUAUAAAAAGUUCUGAGGCAGAAAAUAAAUACAUAUUUGUAAACUAGUGUAAUUAACAAGCUGUUUUUAUAAA